AUGACAGCUCCCGCCGAUUAUUCUCCCAAGCCGCCCUUGGGGGCCAGCCUCUCUGGCCAGAGGCAGUUCAAAAAGCACAAAGUUCUGCCUCGUCCACACCACGAGAGAACGCCUGAAAUCCCAAUUCAAAUCGCGAAAGCUACUCCGCCUAAACGUGACCUGCUCAUUGAAUCUUCGCGUUCUGGAAACGGCGCUCAACCAUCCAGCCCCCGAACCCUCAAACAUCAAUCGCGAAGGAUUGGGAGUGGCCCAGAUCUCCCCCCUACUCCUCCGAGACACUCGCGCAAGUCAUCGGAUAACUCGUCCGCCAAGGCGAGCAGUCCAUCCGCGACCGACGAAGCAUUGCAGACGCCUCAGAAGUCGCAACCACGACCACCCAGUACACCACCUAACCAGAAGAGUCCGCCUACCCCGGAUGUAACACCGCCUCACCAUGCCAGCCGCCCCAAACUGCUACGCCCAGACGUCAUUGAGCGCCCUGGUUCGAGCACCACAACUGUUGGCUCACAAUCUGGCUCCUUCACAACCGCACGGGAGGAGCUUUCGGUGGAUGAAGAUGCAGACAAGUCUGCUAAUACGAAGGCUUCGCGCUCGACUGUGCGCCAGGUGUCUGAUACUGGCGCCUACAUUCCGCAGCCUGAGGCACUGGGCCUGGCAUUGGCAAACUUACCCCCUCGUUCAGAAGGGAGCAGUACGUCUAGAUCAGGGGUGGACUGGGGCCAUAAUGACAGUGACUGGGGCUCCGUGAGCGAGGUCGAGCAGGAAUGGGACCACAACCUGCAGAGAUUGGUAACCGUCAAGAAGCGACCUCAGCCUCUCGAAAUACCAACUUCGAACCCGUACGGAAUUAGGGUUAUUGAGCCCAAUAUGAUAACACCGACUCAAGCAGCCAAGGCAGUUAGGAAUCUGUCGUUGCACCAAAGAAAUGACAGCGUUCCCUCUGCGAAACGACUUUCAGUUCGUGAGGCAGCACCAACGGCUCCCUCGAGCACGGUCACCGCCAGCUCCGACCCGCGCAGGGCAUCGGCUAUAUCGACGAAAUCUACCGUCUCGACUGUUGUAGAGGCCUACCUCUUGGACGCUACACCGACGAGGCAGAGGACCCUGCGUCAUGUUCGAAAGCAGACUAUCUUGAGGGAUCCUCUCGAUGACUCGCCAAGCUCAACUGCCCAUUCUCUUAAGUCGGACAAAUCGCAGAAGGAGCAGCGCGUUCGCAGCCGCCCGGAUACUGCAAAGCAUGAGAGCCAGGCUUCAAGUACGACGCUCAAUUCUGUCUCUAGCGGUAGGGCUAGACGGGAGGUCUGGAAAUCUGGUGGUAUUCCUGUGGUGGUUGUUCCAGAUCGGCUGUCGUCACACAAGUCCAAGUCCAACAAAGAACCUUCCUUGAGAUCUCGUUCGAGCCGCACUGCAAGUAUCAGCCCGGCACCCAACGACAGAUCGACGACCAACGACGAAGCGACUCUCGUGUCUCGCGAAUCCCGGGGUCGUAAAAGCUCUGUGCCCGAUGACUCGGACCAGAGGACUGUUGAUUAUCCUCCUAUUGUCCCGGCUCGCUCGUCUUCCCUCUCGGCGCCUACUAGUCGAAAUGGCUCACGGGCCAGCUCAUUGACUGCCGAGAGCAUCAAGCUUCACAACGCCCUGCAGGAGUCUCUGAUGAAAAAGAAGGAGGAAGGCAAGGUGCCUGACAUCAAAUUUUCGGAAGAUGUGCUGGCCCCACGGACUCUUUCGAAUGCUUCCGAGAAGGACUGGGCUCAUCGUCGCCUGAGUUCCGAGCGCCACGACGAUUUCCUGUUUGCCAAGGGAUAUGGGCCACAAAACACGCCAUUCUCGCUGGCUUCUGUUGAUACAAAUGGGACUAACCCAGUGGUUUCGGAAGCUCUAGCAGUGCAGAUGUACCCUCAUCAGAACUCGUCAUUGUUGAUGGUUGACCAUUCGACGAGGCCAUCUGAAUCCCUUGACGAAGAUGAGAGGGAAGACGCUGAGUUGGAAGUGCCACUGCCGACCGACUCCUCAGAGGAAUCUCCUGUUACACCCCCUCAGACAAAAUUCUCAUUCAACGACAUCGACUCACCGCUCCGAAACCCACGAGCGCCCCCUGAGCCGCCCACUCUCGGAGAGAAGCCUCCUCGACGUCCUUCAGUGGUGCGCCGGGCUUUCAGCCGUCACCGUCGCCACUCGGUCGAUUUUGGCCCCUCAACUUCGAAAGCCCAGAGCUUCUUGACCCGGAGAUUGUCUCUCUCACGCACUCGACACGGCAAGGGGCUGUCAGACAUGGAACGUGAACCAGCAUAUCCAAGCCCGGAUGAUAGUCCAGCGGAAGAGAACAAGUUGCACCCGUUCUGGCGCCCACAAUGGUCCAGCGAGGAUUCGGAUGACUGGGACGGCUAUGACGACGAGGGCGUCCGUUUCUCAAACGACCCGGUGGAACAGAUCUUCCGAUAUCCUCCUGUGGACAACCGACCAUCAAAGGGACUUGAGAGAAGCUUCAGCGCGAGAAUGAAGCGCACAUUUGCUGUCCUCCCUCGGGAAGACUCUUACUACACCAGCUACGAUUGGCCCACUACCGAGCGCCGUACCAUUGGCCGAACUCCAAGUGGAAAUCUUCGAGUUAUGCGACAUCGUGCGAGCCUGGAUUCUCUGCGACGCAAUUACAAUGACGAAGAGCGACCUUAUAGCGCGGUGGACGGAGACGUGAAGAGGCCGUUCUGGCGGUCGAACAGUCUCCAUCGACGCGCCAACAGGGAAAGGCGUCGGCUUUCCCUCGGUAGUAGGCUCGAGGAGAUCCAUAACCUUCGGCGGAAGCUUAGUGAAAGGAGACGCGAGAAGCGGUCUCGAGAACUCCGCCAAAAGAUUAGUGGCCCGAAGGAGGUUCGAGACGGAGUAGGAGACGUGAUCCGGUCGAGCACUGCGCGCGAUCACUACCAAACACAAACACACACACAGACUUGAAAAAGUCAAGCCAUGGCCCUGGACUGGCCCUGGCCAACCUCAUCCCAUCACGCCACGGACGCAGACGCCAUUUGGGUCUGCAUAUGAUCAAGACAAAAGGUUCAUGAUUGAGAUGAUUUACGCUUUAUGAAUGAUUCUGGGUUACGGAAAUGAUAUUGCUCACGAUUUGCUGUUACAAGUUUGAUGAUGGAAUGGAUUAUAUGUGGGCGAAGGAAUAGCGGGAGAUGUUUUACGUUGCUCUUCUCCGCGGGUAUGCCUGUCCGUGUAAAAUAUAUAUACCAAGGACGAGUUGCUGUUACUUGAGAUGGAUACGGCAGAUGUAGUAAAAGGAUGUUUCAUGGUUGUCUUAAGGGC